AUGGCUGAGCAAGAUUGGCCUCCGUCCCAACUUAUUUCCGUCGAGAAGUCCCUUGAAAACUCGCGUUUUCUCGACGUCUUCCACGGCGAACCGUCCCGGCGCGUGGUGACGCAAUUCGUCAGAUACACGGUCGCGCAACCAUCCCAGAAUGGGGCUGGCCGAAGCGUUACGAGGGACCUACACAGCGAAGAGCCCCUCGGCGUCACGCAUGCAAUCCGCCUAGGCUUAGCAUCUCUAAGCGCUUUCUUGCAGACAAACGUCGCCGGGCCCGUACUCGAUAAUCCCGAGGCAUUUGAAACUGUAUUCCUUUCGGCUCUCGAGCAGGCCGAUACUUGCAGCGAGCCUGCGGCCGUGCCAACAACCACUCGUCGAGGGGGUCGCAUGCUCUUUUUUCGAAAUCUUUGCCUUCAGUCGCUCAACGUAGAUGGCGUUUCACCCUAUCCGUACAUCCCGCGUAUUGAGCUCUUCUGCUUGUCCCGCUUCAUCUUCACGUCCGGCCUCGUAUUACGCACCCAGCUGCCGGAAGCCCCGUCAAGCUCGCCACACUCGCUCCCUCUGCACCUCUCCUGGACUCGUCUGAGGAUCCACCUUUGGCAUUAUAAGCUCAUUACCCAACCGUCGUUGGGGUCAGGAUCCCUGUUCACGAAGAGUGGUCGCUGGACCGAUGUGCCCACGCUCCAGGAAACCAUCGAGAUCAGCUUGCGCGAAGCAGAGUCUUCUGUCCUUGCACCAGCUCGAGCGACUGGAAUCUCGGGCCCUCUGUGGCCGCGGGAAUCGCGCAUCCAAUUUCUCUUGGAGAAAGCGGCUUGCCAUAUCCUCCUGGGCGACGACAAGAAGGCCCGGGAUGCCUUACGGUCGGCCACAACGACCAGCGAAUUCUCGUAUGCCCUAUCUGGCGCUCUGGGUAAGCGAACCAGGUUUCAAGAAAAGGACGUCAGCCAACUCGUGGUCCUCGCCAAGAGCCUCACCAUCAACCCUGCGUCGCCUAGCCAAAAACGUGGUUCUAGCGUAGCACCAGUCGCACUCCCGUUGAACGACGAUACGUUGUUAGAAAAAAUUGAUUUCCACCGCAACCAUCCGGUUGAUCUGCCGUCGUCUCUUCCUCCGGAGCUACAAGACGUCGAUCCGCAGAACCAGCCACAACUACGACCAGAGGACCAUAUUAUACUUCUAACCGAAGCGACCCUCAGAGACACCUUCUCCCCGACGGACUCUUUAACUUUGGAAGAAAUUCUCCCGUUCGCUCUCCGAGUUAUCGACGACAAAUCGACAAAUUGGCAAAUCUAUACCCAAGCUCUGCUCGUAAGGUCACGGAUAGAGUUGAGCAGAAGCCGGACAGUCGAACGAGGGGUUCUACAGAUGCAAGCCGUGGUGGACCAAGUGAUCGCCGAUACGCAAGGAGAAGCUGGCCAAUCCAGAAACGGCAUCGGUGACGAUGAUGCCUCCGUGAUCGGGUCCAAUCACGCCCCUGUUGUCCGAAUAACGCGCGAGACCGAUUGCUCUACUAGCACUCAAAAUCCAGUAUCAUUCUUCCCAGCCUCGAAACCUACCGAGUCCGCAGCCGCGUCAGAGAGGUUGCGGUAUGUUAAUGCUUUGUCAUGCCCUCCACGUUGGCAUCUCGAGUCGGAACUCGCCCACGCCUGGACCACGGUCGGGUCUCUUGUAUCCGCCCUCGAAAUAUUUAAACGGCUGCGUCUCUGGGCCGAAGUUGCCCUCUGCCUAGCUGGUACCACCACAGGGGCUGAGGAUCCGAAUGGUCGAGGAAGCAGAGGCGAAGACAAAGCUCGAGCCGUCAUACGAUGGAGGCUGUUCCACCGUACACCCAGUGCUGCAGGGCCUCCGGGGUCCGAAGCUAGCGACCUGGAUGACGACGCGGAAUUUGACGUGUCAACCCUAAAAGUCGCUGAUUUCUACGGCCCGGAACGUUCGCCUCCACCUCCUAACGCCCCACGAUUAUUCUGUAUACUAGGCGACAUCGAAAAUGACCCUCAGCAUUACCAUCGAGCCUGGAACAUCUCGAAACAGCGCUUCUCGAGGGCGCAGCGGUCCCUCGGAGAGCUUCACCUACGGAAACAAGAGUGGAGUCAAGCCCGAGACGCCUAUGCGCUCGCGGUAAGUGUGAAUAGAUUAAGCCUGGACAUGUGGGGUCGAUUAGGUGAUAUCGAGCUGCGUCUAGGGCAUUAUGGCGACGCGGCCGAGGCAUUCCAGAGAGCAAUUUCGGCGGCAAAUAGCGCUUCCGGGGGCGAGGACGCGCGUACGUGGAACAAUCUUGGAAGCGCCCUUCUGAGCUGGUAUCGGCAGGCUGUCGAAGAAAAUCAAGACCUGGUCAGAAACGGUACUUCCGGGAACUCCUGGGGCACGAACGCUGGAGAACGAGCGGAAGACACGGGCAGGCCUACUCGCGAACUAUUGCGUGACUCUCUGGCAGCCUUCAAGCGGGGGGCGACGCUCGCCAACUCGAACUGGAGAAUUUGGGACAAUGUAGUCACCCUCGCCGCGAGUCUGACACCCAGUCCAAACCUGGAAGAUGUGGUCCUCGGCUUGAGGAACGUUAUCCGCAUUCGCGGGACGGAAGAAGCGUUGGACCUAGACAUCCUAACCCUUCUCAUUAGGGAGGUAACCCAAACGCCUGUCCCCAAGGGUGAGGAUGAGACGGAUAUCUACGAACCCUCAAGGGGUAGCAUCGAGAGAAAAGUCGUUUCGCUAUUCGAGGAUGACAUCGUACCCCUUAUUACGACCCAGUCGGCAUGCUGGUCCCUGGUAUGCCGGCUUCGGGCAUGGAAGAGAGAUUGGACGGGGGCAUUAGAGGCAGCCGAGAAGGCAUGGAGAACGGCUGUCGGGGGGGUCGGGAUCCAGUUGUCCGCGUCCAGUGCCCAGGGUCAGCAAAGAAACUGGUUAGUCGACGAAAAUGGAUGGGAUUCCGUCGUACAAAGGACAUCAGAAUUGGUCGCGGCAUACGAGAAUUACGGACCUCGUGUCGAUAGCAUUGGCAGCCGAUGGAAGGGCAAGGCGAGAAGUGCGGUGAGAAGUGUCAUGGGGAAAGCCAAAGAGUCGUGGGAGGGCGAUGAUAGAUGGCAAAGGUUGCUAGAUAUGAUGAGAGAUUUGGCGUAA